UAGAGUACAUACUUUUAAAUAAGGAGGAAUAUACUCCUGAUAUAUGAGUCUUAAAUAGUUAGACCUGUAUAUGUUCAAAUAUUUUAUUAUGCUUGUGGCAGACCAAAUACCCCUAAAUUAAAAUAUAGCAGAACAGAUUUUGAAUAAUGGAUUAAAUGACAAAAUAAACUUUCAUUUUCUUUAAUCUGAUUCCAUAUGUUCUUUUUUGCAUUUCAAGUCAUGCUAUUAAAGUACAAAAGAAAGAAAAAUCUAAAAUAUCUAACUAAACCUGAAAUAUUUCCACUUGCACAAUUUAUUUGGCAUAUUAAAGACUUGGAUAUCUAUGAUCUUGGUUGGAUAUUCUCAUUGUUAUCGUCUGCCCAACUUGUUGAAUUUCUUCAUGGUUGUAAUCAAUUAGCACCAUAUAGACAACAUGUGGUAGAUUUCAUGUGUGGAAGGACUUCUGGAUUCAACUUUCUUUUUGGAGACAAAUACGAUCGUUUAUCUUCCUUCAAUGUGAUGAGAGAUAUAAAUGGUAUGGCAAAGCUAUUGUCGAUACCUAACUUACAUUUUAGACACUUGAAAAUUAUAAUUACUGCUCCAGAUCUAAAAUUAUUAGAUAAAAUGGUUGGACAGAAUUUUCAGCACUUGCAAGAUUCUUUUGAUGAGAUAAGUUUAGAGUUCUUGAAUUCUACUUCCGACGGCAGCUUCAAAGCACUUCAGUUGACUAAUUUAGUUAAAUUGAACUAUACUUAUACAAAUCUAACCCAACAACUGAUUGACGAGUUCAAUUUAGAAAAUAGCAAACUAGUAACUCUUCCGAAUAAUUUAACAGAGCUAACUAGAAUAAACUCAGCUAAUCGAUUUAUAUAUUUGUCUGCUCAGUACCAAAAUCUAACAGUAUUGCAUUUUGAAAAAUUGAACUUUAAAGAAAAAGGAUAUAUUUAUGAAAUAUUCGAGCAAGCUACUCAACUAAUCACAUUAAAAGCUUUAGAUAUAGGUUUGACACAUCUCUAUAUUUCAAAAUUGCCACGAAAUCUACUAUAUCUUGAUUUAUCAAAUAAUACCGAAAUAUUAGAAAUUGAAAAUAAUUAUAGAACUGAUUGGCCACAAUCUUUAAAAGAGAUUUCUAUGGAAAGUUGUGGAUUAACAAAUACGAUGUAUUUUGAUCUAUUUAAAUUUGAUCUACCACCGACUUUAGUUUCUUUGAAUUUAAACUCCAACAUGUUUGAAGAUUAUUCAGUGAUGGGAAAGAUACCACAAACAUUAGAAUCUUUCCUGAUUGGAUAUAAACUAAUUGAACCAGAUUCAUAUUAUGGAGAACGACAUGUUGACCAUAAACUAUUUGAUUCUUUUCUACCAAGUUUGAAGUCAAUACAAGUUAAAAAUUAUAGAUUUGAAGAAAAAGAUAGGAUUGAAUUUCCUGAUUCUAUUACCAAAAUUGGAAUUCAAUAUAGUUGUAUUUUUGAUGGGAAAAUAUUUCAUAAAUAUCCGAAUAAUCUUACAUCGCUAGAUUUUGAAGGUUGUGAACUUUCCAGGAUAGAUUUGUCAAAAUUUUCAGCUUUAGAAUUCCUUGAUCUUUCUCCUAACUUAUUUAAAUCCUUUAAAGAUAUAAAGUUACCAAUAAAUUUGGAAUAUUUGCAAAUCAGUAAUAACAAGAUUUCUAAGUUAAAAACCACCGAUCCAUUAUUUAGCCAUAAGUCUUGUUUAAAUUAUGUGAAACUUAAAACUAUUGAUUUAAGUAGUAAUUUAAUUUCUUCAAUUGAUCAAAAAAUCGAGUUGCCUCCAAACUUAAAAAAAUUCUUAUUAUCAAAUAACAAUUUACUUGAUAUUGUUAUUCCUCAUAAUAUGUCUAAUCAUUCACGAUUAACCGAAUUAGACCUUUCAGAAAAUGAAUUAAAGAUUAUAGAAUUCCAAAACAGUGGAAGUAACGGAAGUUGCUUUAGAUUGAAUAAAUUAAAUUUAUCGCUUAAUAAGAUAAAUAUGACUUACUUCUCACUGAAGUAUACCUUUAAUAUCCAUAAACGAAUUGAAAAGGGCUUUGGGAAGGCAUUAGCAUCUAAAAAGGAAAAUAUAAACUCAGUACAUUACUUCUAUUAAAUAACUUGAGAUUAACUUUCACGACCUAUCUCUUGGAGUCUGUCUUGUCUAUAUAUAUAUUGAUAUGUCGUAAUUAAAUAAAUUAAUUGCAAAAUUAUAGUUCCUUAAUAUGCAGAAUCUGAUAUCCUGUAUGUAGUGUUAUCUCCAACAUCCAAACCUCAAUCGUUUUUGGUUUUGUGUAACAACUAUACAAAUUAUAAUUAAUAAGAAAAAAUUUGUAUACAUAUAUAAAUAAAUAAAGUAUAUAACCAUAUACCUAAACAAUAAAUAAGAGUUAAUAAAUAAGUCAAGUAAUAAAUAAGUGA